AGGGUAGAGGAAGUUCUUAAUAGACUGGAUUCCAUUAUGGAGAAGAGAAAAGAUGUCUUGGGUAUGGAAGCAAGUGCCACAAGGUAUCACAAACAAUACCGUCAACUUCUUUGGUAGAAAAGUCUGUAUAUGGAAGAGAUGAAGAGAAAGAAACAUUGGUUAAAAUAUUGCUAUCAGAUGAUGAGACUGGCAAUGAAAUAGGUGUGAUUCCUAUUGUGGGUAUGGGUGGGACUGGAAAGACCACCCUUGCCCAGUUUGUAUACAACGAUGUUAGAGUGAAGCAACAUUUUCACCUCCAAGCAUGGGUUUACGUUUCAAAAGAAUUUGAUGUUUUUAGGAUCUCACAACACAUUUAUGAGUCCCUCACCUCAGAAGCUUGCCAAAGCACAAACCUAGAUCUGCUUCUAUCAAAGUUGCAGGAAACUUUGAGGGGGAAAAGGUUCUUCUUUGUUCUUGAUGACAUCUGGAACAAGAAUUAUAACCAGUUGGAAUUAUUAAUGCGUCCCCUUGAGUCUGGAGCACAUGGAAGCAAGAUUAUUGUCACAACACGUGAUGAAGAUGUUACACGUAUGAUGGGUAGCCUUGAAGCUCACCGUCUCAUGCCAAUUUCUGAGCAAGAUAGCUGGUUGUUAUUCGAAAAGCAUGCCUUCAAAAAUGCAGGUGUUAGUGCACGCUCACAUCUUGAAGAAAUCGGUAGACAAAUUGUUCAAAAGUGCAAGGGUCUUCCUUUGGCUAUUAAGUCCCUUGCAGGUCUCCUAUGUUCUAAAUCAAAUGUGGAUGAAUGGGAAACUAUAUUGAACAGUGACCUCUGGGAGUUGCCUUUGGAGAGUGACGUUCUGCCAUCACUUUGGUUGAGCUAUAUGUACCUGCCUUCACAACUCAAACAUUGUUUUGCAUAUUGUUCGAUAUUUCCCAAGAACUAUGUGUUCAAAACAUCAGAAUUGGUUUACUUGUGGAUGGCCGAAGAUCUAUUGCAACCUAAAAACCCCAAAACUGCAGAAGAAACCGGACAAGAUUACUUCAAUGAUCUAGUCUCAAUGUCAUUUUUUCAAGUUUUAUCAAGUUCAGAUCAAUAUUUCAUGCAUGACCUUAUCAAUGAUUUAGCAAGCUUUGUAUCAGGAGAAUUUUGUUUUAGGUGGGAGGGCAGUGAUUCAACCAACAAUUUGAGCAACACUCGUCACUUUUCAUAUAUGCCAGUAUAUCAUGAUGAGGCUGAUAGCCUAGAGAUGUUUGAGGCUUUACAGCAAGCUAAAUGUUUGCACACAUUUCUACCAUUAGGACCAUCUUAUUUUCUGUGGAAGUUGUCAGACAAAGGACUCUACGAGGCAUUGCCAAAGUUUCAAUGUUUAAGAAUGCUCAAGUUACCAUUGUACGAUAUUAAGGAAUUGCCUGAUUCAAUUAACAACUUGAAACAUCUUAAGCACUUUGACUUGUCUUACAGUAACAUCGAGAAAUUACCUGAUACAAUUUGUACUUUGUAUAACUUGCAAGUAUUGUUGUUGUCAAACUGUGAAGGCCUUACUAAACUGCCAGCCAACUUAGGAAGAUUGAUCAACUUGAGCCAUCUGGAUAUUAAAGGUACAAACUUGAAAAAGAUGCCACCGUAUAUGGGUAAGUUGAAAGACCUCCAGAUGCUAACAGAGUUUGUGGUAGACAAACACCCUGCUGGGGAUAAUUUGGCAGAGUUAAAGAAGCUUGAAAAAUUGCGUGGGAGAUUUUGUAUCUCAGGGCUUGUGCAUAGCAGCGGUUUGGAGGCCUACAUACUGAGGGACAAGAAGUUUCUUAAGGAACUGGUUUUGGAUUGGGGACGAAGGUAUUUGGGAGUACCAUGGUAUCGGAGAGGAAGGGAUUGGAGUGAAGAAGGCAAUAAUACUGUAGAAGAUAGAGAAGUGCUUGAGAAGCUCCAACCUCACCUGAACCUGGAAAGGCUUACAAUUAGAAGUUAUGGAGGCAAAUUGUUUCCGGGUUGGUCAGAAUAUUCCUCUGCUCUUGUUUAUCUUAAACUUGAAAAUUGUGAGAAUUGUAUCUCCUUGCCACCAUUGGGACAGUUACCUUCCCUCACAGAGCUUUGUAUAUCUGGGUUGAGUGGGUGGCAAGAAUGGUCUGAUGUUGGAGGUGACGAUAUUGAAGGUGGGGUUUUUCCUAAUCUUGUUCAACUUGAAGUAUUAUGGUGUCCCAAUCUUACCGGGAGAUUAGCGUCAGACAGUCUCCCAUCUCUUGUGUCUUUGAGGGUAUUUAAGUGCCCAGAAUUCGAAUGUUUUCCGGAAGAUGGAUUCCCAUCAAAGUUAAAAUCACUUGAAAUCUUCGACUAUAAAAAAGUGAAUGCAAAGAGUAUGCAGAAUCUGAACAAGGGUCUCCGAACACUCACCUCUCUUGAAAGAUUGUCACUUGAUUUUGACUGCGACGAAAAAGUAGAUUGGUUUGCCGAGGAGGAGCAGGAGGAGCUGUUUCCCAGCACUCUCACAUCUCUCGAGAUCUGCCGUCUGAAUUGCGAGACCAUCGACGGCGCCAAGUGGUUUGGCCAUCUCAACUCUCUUGAAGAAUUGAUUAUAUGGAAUUGCCCUGCGCUCCGGUGCUUGCCAGAUAGUGGACUACCCUCUCCUCUUUCUGAUCUACAUAUCGUUCAAUGUCCUUUGCUUGAGAAACGGUGCCAAAGAGAGACGGGUGAAGAUUGGCCCAAGAUUGCUCACAUCAAGGGCAUAUCAAUUUGGUAACGACAUGACAACGACAGAGGGGUUGCAUUCUGAUCAACGUGUAAGAUCCUAUUGUUUGAACUCAUUGUUGAUUCCACAGUUCUAGGGUCUUGCUUGAACUCAUGAUCGAUAGGUUUGACAACGACAUGCCAUAUGAAGGAGAGCCAUUUCCUACGCAGUUUCGUGGAAAGUGAGCAAAAUUUCUUGAUAUGUUAAGACAGAGAGAUAGGCCAAGGUUAAGAUUUCUCAUAGGAAUAAUAUUGCCAUGUCUUGAUGUCUGAGUUCUUCUGAACUUGCAGACUGUUCUUUAUCUCCUCCACUCAUUCACACUGUUUCCAAGCACAAUGAAAAUCACAGAGCCAAUUUUGGUGUGAUAUCAGCUUCCUAGACGUUACAGAUUUACAACUCUAUGCAGUGUUGCCUCUAGCAUCUCAUAAUACUUGUUGCUGUUGGACCCUUAUCUCGGCCGGUAACCAGUUGUGAGACCUGCCAAAAGUGAAAACAUCUCAUAAUACUUGAAAUCAUUUCUUGCAAAAAAGACUUUAUUGCAAACAAUUUGCAGUGUGUGAAGAAGGUGUUGGAACAAAUUAGAACUCGUCAUUAUCUAAAAGUAUUCAGAUAAUAGUUUUGAUUUAAUGAGAAACUAAUUAACAGAAAUGCAUAUCUAAAACUCUAUCCUGUUAUCAAUUUGAAUUAUGUCUCAUUUGAAGUAGGAGAUUUAUCUGUUAAUGAACCUGAUUAACAUUAAGGAUAUAUACAUGAUAAACAUCAAGUAUCUGCGGAUGAAAUCUUUAGGAAAUCUUGGACUCCUUAUGGGAUGAGCACAAGAUUGAUACUGGCCACUAUAUAUAGCAGAUCAAGUCCCUGUGUUAACUACACGUUAUAGCAUUGAGUUCAGUCCCAUUCUGAAAGG